AUGGCGUCGUUCUCUGUGCUAAAGGAGCUGGAUGACCUGAACAGCCUGGAGAAGCAGGUAAACGAGGCUCUGCUAAAAGCUUCACAAGGAAAACUAUUUGCCAAGCCCAUAUCUUUGGCUUCUCUUCCUCUUCCUCAAAUGCCUUUAGCCGAAAAGGCCACAGCCUACGCCAAAUCCUCUCUAAAUUUAGAGGUUUUCCAGCACAGUAUGCGCUCCUACUAUUUUGGCACAGCUAUUGCUUCCCAGCAUUUCCCCCAUUUUAACUGGGAUCCCCACACGGCCUACCUGGCAGCCAUGUUGCAUGACGUGGGGCUAACGUCGGAGGCGUUUGCGCUGACUCGGAUGUUGUUCGAGUUUCAUGGCGGCAUCUUGGCCCGGGAGUUCCUGUUGAAGGAAGGUGCGUCGCCACGUGUGAGUGACACGGUGGCAGAGGCCAUCUUCAGGCAUAAAGAGAGGAUACACGUGGAUGGCGGUGCCACGUGCGGACAUUCACCUGAGGGUGUUUUGCUAAUCUUUGGGGCCCAAUUGGAUGUCUAUGGGGAAUUUGCGCCUCUCAUACACGUGGACACUAUUGAUGACGUGGUUAGUAGGUUUCCUAGAGCUGGUUUUAGUGAUGUAUUUGGUGGUUUAUUGGAGGAAGAGGUGAAGGUGAAGGGCUUUUGUACCGCCGCUCGGUUCGUGCAAAGUGGUGGUCUAGAUAAUUUGAAAAAUAAUCGGCUGUUCGCAAAAUAUGAUCGUUAA